AUGGAAAACUUCCAGGGACUAAAGUUCUCCGCGAAGGCGCCAACAGGAUGCAGCGCCUACGGAAAGGAAGACGGAAUCGAGGUGAAGUUCGAGAGGAAGGAAGAUGACAACUUUGUGUACUCGACGUAUGAGCAUGUAGAGACACAAGUGCAGAAGAAGUCGGCGAAUGUCAAUGGUGGAACAGUUGGUGCUGGAGGACAGGUGACGUUCUCCUGCAAGAAGGUGAGCACGAGCUACGAAAUCAAGGUAGAGAAAAUGAAGAACAAAAAACUGGGGGUACUAUUAAUUGGUAUUGGAGGAAAUAACGCCACCACGCUGUUAGGUGGAAUUUGUGCAAACGCAAAGAAGCUAACGUACACAAAUAAGUACGACGUGAAGAAGGCCAACUAUUUAGGUAGUGUGUUUCUCUCGUCCAAUGUAAGGCUAGGAUAUGACGCAAAGAAUUUGGAGCACUCGUAUUGUCCCAUACAUAAGCUAAUUGAGGUAUAUAACCCAGAAAAUAUCACCUUCGGAGGAUGGGACCUUAACAACCUGAAUUUAAGAGAUUGCCUGGUGAGAAACAAAGUAUUUGAGCAGGAUUUGGUGGAGAAAAUAAAGGACGACAUGAAUUACGUUCCACUGAAAAGUGUGUACUUCAAAGGAAAUUUCAUUGCAGCUAAUCAACAAAAGAGAGUAAAUAAUAUUUUAGUCGGGAAAGAUAAGCUAGAAGUUCUUGAACAAGUGAGAAAACAAAUUAGCUCCUUUAAGAAGACAAACAAUUUAGAUGAAGUAAUUGUGCUGUGGUCUGGAAACACUGAAAAGAAUAUUGCACAUAUUCAAGGGGUAAAUGAUACAUAUGAAAAUAUUCUUUUGGCAUGUAAAAAUAAUCACCCAUCUGUUUCUCCAAGCAUUGUAUAUGCCUUGGCAUCUGUGUUGGAGAACUGCCCCUUUAUCAACAGCAGUCCCCAGAAUACUCUGGUCAAUGGUGUCGUACAGCUCGCUCAGCAGAAGGGCAUUUUCAUCGUUGGCAAUGACUUGAAGACGGGACAGACCAAGAUCAAGAACUUCCUCCUUGAUUUUUACUUUGGCACAGGUCUGAAGCCAAAGAGUAUCGUCUCGUAUAACCAUUUGGGAAACAACGACGGCAAGAACCUCUCCUCAGAUCUCCAAUUUUACAGCAAAAAAAUUUCUAAGAGCAACCUCAUCUGUGAUUACGUGAAAGCCAACGAGCACAUGUACGCUGAUGAAGAAGAGGAAAAAACCCUGUCGAAUAAGUUCAUGAAGGAAAGUGGAGAUUACUGCAAGGGAGAUAGCCUUGUCUCCACGUCUACAGACGUAACAGACCUGGAAGCGGAUUACGCAUAUGUAGAUGCAAUUGAGAACCAGAAGGUUAACAGCGAAAUUGUUAUCAAAUAUGUCCCGUACGUAGGAGAUGAUAAAAAAGCGAUUGAUGAAUAUAUUAGUGAAAUAUUUAUGAACGGGAAGAAUACUAUUUCCUUGUACAACGUUUGCCAAGAUUCUCUUUUGGCUUCUCCCAUUUUAAUUGAUUUAAUUCUUUUGGUGGAAUUAUCACAACGAGUUUACUUCAAGGGUGAUUUCCUAACUUCUUCUGGUAUUGUUGCUGCUCCGCAGUCGAAGAUAAGCAACCCUAUCAACGUUGGUGGGGAUUAUCAAUUAAAUCACACUAUUGUAGAAGCCAAGUACCCGGAGUUUAAAAAAAUGGAGUGUGUUCUUUUCUUGUCCAGUCUUUUUUGUAAAUCUCCAUUCAAUUCAAGUGUGUACAAAACGAGGCACUCGUUUUUUUCUCAAUUGGAGAGUCUCUGCAACUAUGUGCGAAUUAUUUGUGGCCUCCCCGUGGAUGAUCACUUGGACCUCCCCUACAUGAUCUGA